UCUCUCUCUCUCAACCCCUCGUUUCUCUCUCUCUCCCCCCGGCUCCUCCUGCGCCCGCCCCGGCACGGAUUGUUGACAAAAGACGCUGCGAGACGGAGCUCGGAGCCCGGUGCUGGUGAACAGAUCCGCCCGGUAACUAGUUCCAGUUACAGGAGACGGAGGUUGGGACGACUGGGGUUAAAGGGGGACACAAGGACUCUUCCACUCCUAGAAAACCGUGUGGCCGAGGUGAUUCGGUUGUCGGUUGUGGUCGGACCGCAGCAGGCCGGUGUGAAGUGACGCCCCCCCCCUCCUCUUCCUCUUCCUCUCUACUCGUAAUUGGUAUUUACCGACAACAAAAACAGCUGCCAAGAUGGGUCACUCGCUGUGAGACGAAGGGCCACACCGACGCUACAGGAGGUAGCGGCGGCCUUAGGCAGGUCUAUUCAGCCGGGAAUGGUGUGAGCUGAGACCACCAGGCAGUCUGGAUCUGACCGGCGACCCGUCCUUCCCCCGGAGCCUCCGGGGCUCCAAGCCUCGUCCUGAGCCCUCCAAGAUGGGGAAGUGCGACGGACGAUGCACGCUGCUGGUGAUAUGUUCACUGCAGUUGGUGGCGGCCCUCCAGAGGCAGGUGUUUGAUUUUAUGGGCUAUCAAUGGGCUCCCAUCCUGGCCAACUUCCUGCACAUAAUGGCCGUUAUCCUGGGAAUGUUCGGCACUGUGCAGUUUCGCUUCAGAUACCUUAUCUUUUAUGCAGUAUGGCUGGUCCUUUGGGUGGGCUGGAACUCGUUCAUAAUCUGUUUCUACCUGGAGGUUGGAAACCUGUCUCAGGACAGGGACUUUCUCAUGACGUUUAACACAUCCCUUCAUCGCUCGUGGUGGAUGGAGCAUGGUCCUGGUUGCCUGGUGACGCCAGUGCUGGACUCCAACAUGGCCCCAGACGACCACCAUGUCAUCACUGUUUCCGGGUGUCUCCUCGACUACCAGUACAUAGAGGUUUUGAGUUCGGCCUUUCAGGUCCUAUUGGCUCUCUUUGGCUUUGUCUACGCCUGCUACGUGAGCAAAGUCUUCCAGGAUGACGAGGACAGCUUUGAUUUCAUAGGUGGCUUUGACUCGUAUGGCUACCAGCCUCCUCAGAAGUCUUCCCAUCUGCAACUGCAGCCUCUUUACACGGCUGGUUAACCAUUGGUAGCGCCCCCUUCAGGCAUAACCCUGACGGUGUCACUGUGGAUGGAAAGCGGCGGUGCCUCGAUAACACUCACUCUGUGUGUCACAGUUUACUGGAAGAAUGGACUUACCCCAACCAGAGGGAGAGACGUCUGUGCGUGAAUGCAUGUGUGCUUGUGUCAGAGAAAGAGAAAUACAGCCCUGAAUAGAAUGUACAGAACUCAGGGAAGAACCAGCAUGCCAGGUGGUAUGAUAAGAUGAAGGAGGAAGAAGAAAAGGAGGAGGUACAGAUAACAAGAGCUGGGAAAACCUCUGUCAGGACACACUUCACUAAACUGCCAGCUCUCACCACUUUCACAACUGUGUGUAUGUUUGUGUGUGAUUGUGUAACACCACAGGACGAGCUGGUGCUUUGUGGUUGCACCCUGGACUCUUACCACUUGGUGUCCCUGUGAAUUAUUUUUGGGGGUGCUUAUUUGUGUGUGUGAAGGGGGGGUUGGGCGGGUACGUGGGUGGGGUCACAAUAAAAAGAGGCACGGCUCUUACCUGUUGUCGUAUUAGAACGUGGUGAAGUCAAACUAGAGCAGUCUUACGAUUCCCAUUCCCAAAGCCAUCUUUACCUCCCGCGCUGUUAAAACCACUGAUUACAUUCAAGCUUCUUACCUUACCCACCUGGCCUGCUGCGGUAGUGAAACAGAGCAGGUGGAGCCGAGAGGAUAAACUGCUCAUAGGAUCAGGCUGGUGAUAUUUUAUACAUUUUAUUAUUGACCAAAACCAUUAGAUCCGUUCAUCACUCUCUCAAAACGUUUCACACUUUCUCAGCUUGUGGCUCAUAGGACUGAGCCUGUUCUUGGAGGCGCACAUGGUUAAAAAGAGAGUCACAGAAUUUGACUAACACCUAAAGUGAAUACUUUACUGAAACAGAUUUUCACUGAAGCCAUUAGUUUUACAAUUUACUGUUGACACGAACCAGCAUAUUUAAAAUGAUGAAAACCUAAUAUCCUGUGAACAAAGGAUAAUACCUUGUCGGCAGUUGUGAGGCCUUGUGUUUUUUUUUAAUGUAUCAGUUAAUCUGAUUGCCUUUUAGCUAUUUAUUAUUUAUAUAGUGUUUUUGUACAAACAAACUUUCUCCACCUUCCUUUUUUAAGUGAAAUGUAUUCACCCAAAAAUAGAAAACGCACAAUAAACAAAAUCAUUAACACUUUUUUCUUCUUCUGUUGGACACAGUCAUAAUAUUGUUAUCAAGUUAUUAUUAUCGUGUAGUCAUAACAUCAUGGAAGCCCUAAUUUAAGCACGGUUCUAUUUACAGCUGCACAUGUGCUGCGCUGUCGAGUAUUUACAGCAGCAGGGCUCUGGUUUGUGGGAUCAUCUCAAAAUAAACUACAGUGCCUAGAUUCAUCAGUAUGAAGGAACAUAUCACCCAGUGCAGCAGUGUGGCUCUCACUGAUGUAAUGUUCAAAUGUUAUUUUUUAAAGUUAUGUUACAACAAUGGAUCACAGAGGAGUGAGAUAUAUCAGGCUCACACUUCUAGUCAAUGGGAUCUUUUCAUUGUUGGUUUUGGUGGUUCAUGCAAUUUGUUGACAGUGAGAUAAACAAUAUCACCAGACUAAUCCUUCAAAGUUCAGUAGAAAAAUCUAGUCAAAUGUCCAGGAUAUUUUGUUUUCAGGAAAAUAAACUCAGCCUACUGUUCAUGUAAUGCUGAAGCUUAGGGAUGCAGAUGGCUUUGGGAUCAGGCAUUAGUGUGUC